AUGCAUUCAGCUGAAGCCAGGAAAGAGAGUAGAGGAGCUUGUGCUCGUGAAGAUUUUACGAAAAGAGAUGAUGAGAAAUGGAUGAAACACACACUCGGAUACUGGGAGAAUGAGAAGGUGCGACUAGACUACAGGCCAGUUCACAUGAAUACUCUUGAUGAUGACGUUCAGACUUUUCCACCAAAGGCUUGCGUGUAUUAAUAAAAUCCUCUCACAUGGAUUGAAUUUGCUGGGUUAACCAUUAUCAAGAAUUAUUUUAUUAUGCAAAAUUUUGAUAAUAAAUUGUUGUUGCAUUCGUCGUUUGAUGCAAAACCCUAAAAACCUGCACAUAAGUUGUCUCUGGUAGAUUGUGUUUGUAACUUUGUUUUUUAGAUUUAGAGCGUAAUGAUUUAUGCUUA